CCAAUUACAGCACUGGAUGGGAGGUUCCCACAAGCUGUGGUGCACCCAACGUGGGGUUCAUGAGCAAUAGCUUUGGAAAAAAAGAAAGUGAGGCAAAAGGAAAAAAAAUAUCUUAUGGUGGAUACGAUCUGAAGCGAGGACUGUAUUUGUUAGUAACCGGAUCACUGAGAUUUCCAGGCCAUAGACUGCAUCUGAUAAGCAGCUACGAGUUUCUUCUUUGCGACAACAGCGGAGGGAAUCGGCGCUGACGACUGGUGUUUCAUUUAGGUGUUUUGCAGUAGGCUACGACAGCUGAGAAAUCAACUUCAGGGAAGAGAUUUGCUGAUCAUCAACUCUCGGUCUGGUGAAACUUUGUAACAAAGUAAAAAGUGAAUCAAGGAACCGAAAAGUUUGUUGCAAUGUAUGGAAACAGAAGAAGAAAAGUUUUGUAAUCGAAGUUUGCCGUUAAUGGCAUUGCUACGAUUGUUGUGCCAGGAUAUUACCAAAACAUGUCAAUUUGUUUUUCCAAGCAAAAUGGUACAGCAAAACAUGCGUCAGAUAAACUUUAAAUUAUUGCAUGUAUUGUGAAGAGUUUUUUUCUGAAGAGCGUCAGAUUUCCUUUUACUGGGGGAUCUGGCCAUUAUAUGUUUUUCAGUUGGAAAUAAAUAAAUGCUAGGCAAAACGAAGGCUUAGCUUGCAGACGGACCCCCUUUUCAACCUUUUAAGGACAACUGCGGUAACUUGCAUUUAGUUUUGGCUUCUGGACAAGUUUCUUGAAUUGCUUUGUUAAUCGUGAUUCACCUUUGCUAGUUGCGCAGGGCACAGAGAGAAGCUCGAACGGGACUUUUUAAACUAGCUAGCUAACUUUCCUGAAAUCUGGAAAAGCUCCCCAAUAACCUACUGAUACUUCCUUUACAAUGUAACGUUAAAUCCUAAAUGUGCAACUGUAAAUUAUAUAGUCCUGGAAAGCAAACGGUAAGAUUAACAAAGUGGCAGUAACGAGAAAUUAGUUGCCGCUCUAUUAAAACUGGAUACAAAAUGGCGGCGUCGCAGGGACAAAUCGGAUCCGUCUCUUAUUAUGUUUUUUAUUUAAUUUUGUGCCUGGAACUGCUUAUCGACUCCGGAUUGAGCUCAGAUUUGCCUUGUGCUCAGAACUGUACGUGCACUAGCAAUUCGGUGGACUGCAGCAAUUUGGAUUUGACGAAUACUCCACAGGAUCUGCCCGUCCAAACUGUCUAUCUAAAUCUGAGCCACAACAAACUGACUGCGAUCGAUACUGCUGUUCUGGCUAACCUCCCGAACCUGCAAGAAGUACGGUUGGGUCAUAACGGGAUGACUUCCUUUCCAUCGUUGGGAGAAGCCUCCUCGAAGAUCGUUUCCCUUUAUCUAGACCACAACAAGAUCCGCAGCAUUGACGGGAAAGUGCUGAAGGACUUCAGCUCCUUGGAGACGCUCGACCUGAACAACAACGACAUCUCUGAGAUCCGGAGUCACAGUUUCUCCCCUGGCCUUCCCAUCAAAUACCUGUACUUGGGAAGUAACAGGAUCAGCCACGUGGAGUCGGGCGCAUUCCACAGCCUGUCCCCGACCCUGCAAGUGCUGCGUCUGAGCCGGAACAGGAUCUCCCAGCUUCCUGUCAAAGCCUUCCAGCUGCCCCGACUGACACAGCUGGAGCUGAACAGGAACAGGCUGAGGCUCAUCGAGGGGCUCACCUUCCAGGGCCUGAGCAGCCUGGAGGUGCUGAAGCUCCAGAGGAACAACAUCAGCAAGCUGACCGACGGCGCCUUCUGGGGGCUGGCCAAGAUGAAGGCUCUUCACCUGGACUUCAACAGCCUGACGGAGGUGAACAGCGGCUCUUUGUACGGCCUCUCCGCUCUCCUGCAGCUCUUCCUCAGCAACAACUCCAUCUCCCACAUCAACCCUGACGGGUGGCAGUUCUGCCAGAGGCUGCGGGAGCUGAGUCUGUCCUAUAACAACCUGACCAGGCUAGAUGAGGGCAGCCUGGCGUAUCUGGGGGACCUGCACACCCUGCGUCUAGGACACAACUCCAUCAGCCACAUUAUGGAGGGGGCCUUUCGAGGCCUAAAGGCCCUGCGCAACCUGGAGCUGGACCAUAACGACAUCUCGGGCACAAUAGAGGACACCAACGGGGCCUUCUCCGGCCUGGACAGCCUGAACAAGCUAACUCUGUUUGGAAACAAGAUCAAAUCGGUGGCCAAGAAAGCGUUCUCAGGCCUGGAGGCCCUAGAGCACCUGAAUCUGGGCGAGAACGCCAUCCGCUCCAUUCAACCUGAGGCCUUUGUGAAGAUGCGGAGCAUUAAGGAGCUGCACAUCCAGAGUGACAGUCUCCUGUGUGACUGUCAGCUGCGCUGGUUUCCUGAGUGGCUGGUGGCCCGGGGGCUGCAGGCAGGUGUAGGGGCCACCUGUGCCCACCCAGAGAGCCUGAAGGGCACCAGCAUCUUCAAGGCCCCGGCCGAGAGCUUUGUGUGUGACGACCUGCCCAAGCCCCAGAUCACGGUGCAGCCGGAGACCACGGUGGCGGUGCUGGGGAAGGACGUGCGCUUCACCUGCAUGGCGGCCAGCAGCAGCAGCUCCCCCAUGAGCUUCGCCUGGCGCAAGGACCAGGAGAACCUGAGGGACCCCGAGGUGGAGAACUUCGCCCACGUGCGCGCCCGUGACGGGGAGGUGAUGGAAUACACCACCAUUCUCCACCUGCGCCACGUCACCUUCGCCCACGAGGGCCGCUACCAGUGCGUCAUCACCAACCACUUCGGCUCCUCGUACUCAAGCAAGGCCCGCCUCACCGUCAACGUGCUGCCCUCCUUUGUGAAGACCCCACGUGACAUCACCAUCCGCACGGGCACCACGGCGCGUCUGGAGUGCGCGGCCGAGGGCCACCCGGGGCCCCAGAUCGCCUGGCAGAAGGACGGGGGGACGGAUUUCCCCGCCGCACGCGAGCGACGCAUGCACGUGAUGCCGGACGAUGACGUGUUCUUCAUCAUGGACGUGAAGCCGGAGGACAUGGGCGUGUACAGCUGCACUGCCCAGAACACGGCCGGGACCAUCUCCGCCAACGCCACGCUGAUGGUGCUGGAAACGCCACACCUGGCCCAGGAGCUGGAGGACCGCAGCGUGGUGGUGGGGGAGACGGUGGCUCUGCAGUGCAAGGCCCUGGGGAGCCCCCCGCCCCGCAUCACCUGGCUGAAGGGCGAGGAGCCCCUCACGGUGACCGAGCGCCACCACUUCACCCCCGACAGCCAGCUGCUGAUCAUCCGCAGCGUCUCCCUGGGCGACGCCGGCCGCUACACCUGCGUCAUGUCCAACCGGCUGGGCACGGAGCGCGCCCACAGCCAGCUGACCGUGCGCCGCUCGGCGUCCUGCAGCGCCCCCGGGGGCCGCCCCGACGGCACCAUCACCGUGGGCAUCAUCGUCAUCGCCGUGGUCACCAGCAUCGUCAUCACCUCGCUGGUGUGGGUGUGCAUCAUCUACCAGACCCGCAAGAAGAGCGAGGAGUGCAGCGUCACCAACACCGAUGAGACCAUCGUGCCCCCUGACGUGCCCAGCUACCUGUCCUCCCAGGGCACUCUGUCGGACCGACAGGAGGUGUGCAUUCGGGUGGAGUCCAGCGGUGGACCCCAGCCCAACGGGCACAUCGACAGCAACGGUUUUGAUGGUCCGGUGAUCUGCACGGACUGCUUGGAGAACGGAAGCGGUUACUCUAAAGACUCGGACUACGUUCCUCACGGGAUUCGGCCCCCGGAUGUGGACUACCAGCAGAACCACCGAGGCCUGGAGUACAGCAGACCCAGAGGAGAGGACCUGGGCCCCGCCGGCAUCCCACACUGCAACGGGACGCCCAACGGGGUCAAAAGGGACAUUCAGGCACCCGUGUUUCCCAGCAACCACGACAGGGUGACGUCACCAAAAAGACAUUGUGAUAGAAAAGGUUCCUAUGUGAAGAACGCGGAGACGUCCUUACCCCUGAGCUCCGUGUGCGGGCCCUCUUUAGAGGAGUCCUUUCACAAGCCCGUCAAGCUGCCCGUCCCCGGGCGGGAGGCGGAGGACAGUGACUGCGGCUCGGACGCCAGGCACACCCUGCUGGCCAACGGGCACCCUCCCAGGUCAUGUGACCUGGUGACGGGCGAGGGCACCCCGCUGCGGCGGGCGAGUGACUAGGGAGACCGGGCCACGGACGCUAAAGCACCGUCUCUUCUUUGCACUGAGAAACUGCUACCUCAACCCCGGAAGGA